CUUCCUCGUUUGCUCGGAAGGAACUGAAAACUUCUCUUGAUUUUCGGUGUAUUUUUACGAAACUAUCCCUGGAGCGAAGACUGAUUGGACCAAAAUGCCCUCCCGUAUGAGUCGGAUACAGCAGGAGCAGGAGCACUGCAUCAUGGUCGCCGCCCUCAAGCACGUCAUCUCCGGUGGAAGCAGCAGGCCUACCCCUGAGCACCUGCAGCCAAUGACUGCCGUCUACAAUGCCACGUGUACGCAAUUGGCAGCGGGCCAACCGGCACAACAGGAGGACAUGCUGGCCUUCUUACUAGACGGGGACACGUGUCGCCUGUGCGGGAUACCCGGGUGUCUCGGGUGCAACUACUUCCCGCCAACGUUGCCGAACCGAAACAAGAAGCCGCAGCUGAGUUUAGGAACCGGGUUUGUCGGGAUGAAUGGGGCGACUACGAGGAAGAGCAAGAACAAGUACAGGGGCGUGAGGCAGAGGCCGUGGGGGAAAUGGGCGGCGGAGAUUCGCGACCCACUGCGGGCGGCGAGGGUGUGGCUCGGGACGUUCGAGACGGCGGAGGAAGCGGCCAGGGCUUACGACAAGGCCGCCGUCGAGUUCCGCGGGAAUAGGGCAAAGCUGAAUUUCCCAUUGAACCAGGACGUCAACAUUGUCACGAGUAACAACAGUUCUAGUAGUGGAACUGGUGCUAAUGCCGGUACUAAUCCAGGAUUCGCUAAUAAGCAAAAAGCAAAAAAAAAUUAACAAAAUGGACGUCAUGGAGGAGGAGGAGGAGGCUUGAUCAGGUCAAAGUCAACCUGGCGACUCAACCAGAGAAUAUGGAAUUGGCGGCGGCGGGGCGACGGCAGAAAGCAGCGUUGGUCAUGAAGAGGAUGAUCAGUUCUUGUUGUGGGACAAGGACUUCCUCCAAGAUGGUGAAGCUGAUGACCUAUUGGCUGCCCACAAACUAGUGUUUGUGCCCUUUUUGCUUUGCGCGACAGUUUUGGACAAGUUUUUUUAGUGUGUUGGGAACAUAACCUAUUACAUCACAGUGUCUUAAUAUAAUUGGUUAGAAAUUUUAUUUUCAAAUUUCUAACUAAUUAUAUUAUUACACUUGACGUAUUAUACCAUGUACGAAGCACAAGGAAAAAUCACUCACAUUUUUGGUAUCAAAACCACUUGAAAUUUUGAACCUUUUUUUUUUCUGUCACACUUCGAAAUUUUGAUGCAUUUCAAUUUUCAAUAAAAAAAUGAGAGUCAACCUAAUGGUCAAAGUUGGAAUGGUACGGCAAUAUGUUACUGUACGGCAUUCCUCGUACUGAACCACUAGCAAUGUGGUCACAAGUUUGAACCAAAGACAAGAACUUGAUU